AUGAGCAGACUAAGACCCCUCCACGGUGCUUGCAAUUGCGGACGCAAUCACUAUUCCAUCAUCGUCCCGCAAGAUGCUACAGAGCGGGCGCAAGUUUACUUUGACGAUAGCAGCGAAAGCAGACGAAGUCAAGCCACUCCGUUAACAGCAUGGCUGCGAGUUCCUCUGGCCUGGUACUCGUCAUCUACCAGAGCAUUCUUUCCUGAUGAGACGCACUCUUCCAUCCGACGCAUCUUCACCCCGAGACACAUUCCGCACUGUCGGCGCAUAUUUUGCGGUUACUGCGGAACACAUCUUUCAUUCUGGACCGAGCAACCUCCCUCCGAGGCAGAGUACAUGAAUAUUACAUUGGGAAGCCUCUUGAGUGAAGAUAUCCGUGCUCUCCAAGACUUGGACUUGCUCCCCGAAGAUGCUGAGCCACAAGAUGUGCUGUCUACCGAACAAGGAUCAGUCCAAGCUCCAGCGGGACAGCAGGCUCUGGCGAGAACGGGACGCCGUGGAAUAACUGGAACACUGUCCUGGUUCGAGGAAAUGCUCGAUGGCAGCCGUCUCAGCCGGACUCAUAAUAUCAGAAAGGGUGUAGGAGUCAGUGCAGAUGGUUCAACGACGGUGGAAUGGGAAAUCACUGAGUAUUUUGAUGAUGGAACGGGAGAAUCACAAGAGGCGCAAACGUCCACAGGUUCGACGUGA